CGGAUGACAACGGAAGCAAGAGUUCGCGGAUGGGUGGCCUCAAGGGCCCGGCUGCCGUCAUCCGGGACGUUCUGGGCGAAGUCGCUCAUGCCGCCAAUCUCACCAUCAAGUCGGCCUCACUGACGGCAUCGAUGCUGGCUGGCGGAGCGGCGUCGUCGGCAUCAUCGUCGUCGUCGAUGGUCGACUCGUCCGGGCUGGCGCCAGAUGUGGCGCGCGAGCUGGAGGCUGCGGCAAGGCUGUCGAGCUUGGAUCCGACCAGCCUUGUCGGGCCCGAGCUCAAGUUCCUCACCUCAAACAUCAAGAAGCUGAUCGAGAGCAACCAUCCCGUCCUGCACAAGGUGGCGCAGUACUACUUUGAUCUCGAGGGCAAGAAGGUCCGCCCCACAAUUGUGCUGCUGAUGUCGCGGGCGUACGCGGCGCUCGACGCGCCCGACGCCGGCAACGCAGCCCGUCGGCUCCCGCCCGCCGACGGCGCCGAGCCGGAUGACGACGCAUACGUCCUGCCGGAGCAGCGCCGGCUCGCCGAAAUCACCGAGAUGAUCCACACCGCGUCGCUGGUCCACGACGAUGUCAUCGACGUCGCCGACACCCGCCGCGCGGUUGUCUCAGUCAACCGGGUGUUUGGCAACAAGAUGGCAGUGCUUGGCGGCGACUUUUUGCUCGCCCGCGCCUCGCUCGCACUUGCACGCCUCCGCAACGUCGAGGUCAUUGAGCUUCUCUCGACAGUCAUCGCCAACUUGGUCGAGGGCGAGUUCAUGCAGCUCGCUCCGCCGCGCAACAACGCGUCGCGGGCCGAGGUCAACUUUGACAACUACAUGCAGAAGACGUUCAUGAAGACCGCAUCGCUCAUUGCGUACUCGUCACAGGCCGCGGCCAUCCUCGGCGGGCAUCGCGGCGAGCCCGCGAGCCACGCCUUUGAGUACGGUCGCCACCUCGGCCUCGCCUUCCAGCUCAUCGACGACUACCUCGACUUUGUUGGCAACGACUCGACGCUGGGCAAGCCGUCGUCGGCCGAUCUCAAGCUUGGCCUCGCCACCGCCCCAGUCCUCUUUGCCGCCCACACCUAUCCCGAGCUCAACGAGCUCAUGGAGCGCUCGUUCGAGGGUGAAGGCGACGCCUAUCGUGCCCGCGAGCUGGUCUGGAAGAGCAACGGCCUCGAGCAGACCAAGUCACUUGCCCUCGACCACGCCUCGCACGCCAUCGCCGCCAUCUGCAACCUCCCUGACUCACCGGCCCGUGAGGCUCUUGUCAACCUUGCCCACAAGGUGAUCUCAUGCUGUGGAUCGAGUGAUCCUUGCUCGGUGGCUCUGGUCUCCAUCACUUUGACCAUUCUCAUCACAUCGGGCUUUACCCUUCUUCUCUCCUACGCUGUCGGCAAGCCGGCGUUUGCUCUCGCUUUUGGCCUCUCGCUCCUCGUCCUCGUCUCGGUCGUCUUUGUGGCCAUCUGCCUCGGCUGGUACCGCCACCGACCAGAGCUGAAGAAGCUCGAGAGCACCGAUGAGGCGGUACGUUACUCGCUCGGCUGUGUCGGCCUUCCUGCUGUCGUACUCAUCGGCUCGCUUGCCAUCGCCGCCGCCGUCUACCUCUCCUUGCUCGGCGCCAUGGACGUGUCGGCAAACAACUAUGCGGCACCAGUCCCUGCUGCGGCAAACUCGUCGGCUCUGGCGGAUCUGGCGUCGCGAACGUACUUUGAUUUCGGCGUAGGCGGCGCGGCGAUUCGAACAGAGGUCGUUGACCGGCUGCCGCCGCUUCCCGCGCACUGA